CGGCAGCACCGGGCUCGGUGUGCUCGGCUCGCCGCGGCUCCGAGCCCCGCCGGGGCUGGGGGCUGCGGUGGAACCGGAGCCUCGCUUGUCCUUGGGAUCGCUCUGUACCGAGGGAUCGGCCACGCGUGGCACCGGCUGGGACCGCGGGAUUGUCCCCAAAGGCUCGGCGAGCCCCGGUUGUGCCCGGGCCCGGCGGUUCCCGGAGGGCACAGGUGUCGGUCACGGGAGGGGAGCCGUGACCCUCGGCUGCGCUCGCAGCUCCCGCUGCCCGGUGCCUGACCUUGGGCGAGUGCCGCUCUCCAUGUGCCCGGGCUGCACAUGUGCUGCUCCCCUGCAGCGACCCGGGGCUCUCCGGGCCUGGAAAAACUGCAGGGACACGAACGCAGAGGGAGGCUCGGGAAUGGUGCAGCAAGGAGAGAGCCAGGGCUCGUUCCCUUGCUGUGGCUUUGGGGUGGGUGACAGCGCCGGUGGCAUUUUGCGAAGUGGAUUGACGAGGCAGUGGCACCUGGGACGGGUUCCUGUUGGCACGGAAUGUGCCACCUUGCCCCACAGCGCUGCUCUGCCAGCUGGGGCAUCACCAGCGCCCCGAAUGAGACGGGAAAACAAGGAGCAGAGCGCUCCAAGAACCUGCCCUGCUCAGACCUCCCCAGUCCCGAGGCAGCAGCUCAGCCUCUGCUCCUUCCUGCCCUCUGGCCAUGCUUCAUUCCCCUGUCUGCUCAGCAGGAGGGUUGUGCUCCCGGAGGAGUUCAGAGUUGAAUUCAGCCCUCCUGGGGGCACGCUGGAGGGAUGGAGAUCCCCGAGCUGCUCUGCUGGAGCUGCUUGGAAAAUCAGGUUUUGGGACACUCUGGGAGAGGUGAACGGAGCCUUUGGUAGCCAGAGGUGGGAGGCUUUCCCUGCGAAAAGAGGAGAUGGAGAAGAAAAGACAAAAGAUUCUAAAACUGGAGUGGAGCUGGCUGGAAGAGGCUGUUCAGAGCACAGAUUUGGGCUGUGAUGAAAAUGUGAAGCCUGGAGGCAGAGAUCGGCCUGAACACCUGCUGACCUCCCUGGCGAGCAGUGACAGUGACAGUCCCCGUGUCACAAGCUCACUGUGACUUGUCGGUGCAGAGCUGUGCUGGACGCACUGGGAGUGCCCCUGCUCCUUGUUCCCGGCAGGUUUGGCACCACGUGGGGGUACUUUCCUAAGGAGAAGAGCAUUUAUGUGGCAUCCAGAGUGCUCCAAAAUUCCCUCUCAGGACCCUGAGGAGCUCUGAUAACAAGGACUGGCCCGACUGGUUUGCAGCUCCAUGGAAAUCUCAUGGAAAAAGUUCUUGAGGGAUUUGGACAAAGUUUUUUUUUCCCCCCUGGAAACUCCAGUUCUGCAUUAGAAACUCCCCAGAGAAGUUUGCUCCUGGGGGGACUCUGCCUCUCUGCCGGAGGAAAACGGUCAGGCUGUGUUUUUUCAGCAGCAGACUCUUUAAAAACAAAGGCGGCUGCCAGGUUCUGCUGUUUUCUUUUCGGUGCACAGCCCGGCUUUGGUAAAAGAUGAACAAAGACUCGCCCAGCUGAGCGAGUCCUGAGCCCAGAGCUGCGUGUGGGGAGGCACCAAAUGGUCUCUGUCAGCUGCCAGGACCUGCUGCCCUCCCUGCCCAGCCCUUCCCUGCUCGAGAGCCUGGCCAGCGCCCUGCAGUGCACGAUGCCACCGUCCCUUCUGCCAGGACACGGCGGUGACAGGACGUGGGGACACCCAGAGGGCUCUGGGCACGUCCUGGCGGGUGGCACCGGCCACGCUGAGGGUGCCAAGGAGGAGCCCCCCAAAGCCCAGCUCAGCGAGGCUCAGCUCAGGCUGCCAGACUUCUGCCUCCCGCAGGACUUCAUCCCCACGCUGGAGGAGAUCGAGGAGUUCCUCAGGGAGAAGGCUGAGCUCCCCAGGAACGAGGCAGGAGAGCCUCACCCCCAGGGGUGGAAGGUGGAGAGCAGAGCUGAGCUCGGCUCUGGGGCACAGCCCAGCCCCAGAGCACACCAGGGACACGUCCCAAUCGCUGUGGGGACAGCUGGUGACCAGGUGGUGGCUACUGAUGUCCAGGUGGUGGCUCCUGGUGACCCUGUGGUGGCUACUGGUGGCCAUGUGGUGGCUACUGGUGGCCAUGUGGUGGCUGUUGGUGACCAAGUGCUGGCCGCAGGUGACCAGAUGCUGGCUGCUGAUGACCAGGUGCUGGCCACUGGUGACCAGGUGCUGGCUGCUGGUGACCAUGUGGUGGCUGCUGGCCAUGUGGUGGCUCCUGGUGACCAGGUGGUGGCCACUGGUGACCAGGUGCUGUCUGCUGGCCAUGUGGUGGCUCCUGGUGACCAGAUGCUGGCUGCUGGUGACCAGGUGGUGGCUGCUGGCCAUGUGGUGGCUCCUGGUGACCAGGUGGUGGCCACUGGUGACCAGGUACUGGCUGCUGGUGACCAGGUGCUGGCUGCUGGCAGCAUCCCCGUUGUCCUGCAGCUCCAUCCUCUCCCCUCGGACAGCAUCACCCCCCCGGCCCAGCCUGGGGAUGUCAGGGUGACCCAACUACUGAUCAGCCUGCAGAGCCCCAGCCUGCCCGUCCUCCCCCAGCUCGAGCCCCCCGGCACGGUCCCGGAGCAGAAAUUCGUCAGGAUCGCCCCUCUGCCGCUGGCCCCGGGGCCGGGGGGGGCGCGGGAGGCCGAGGCAGCCCCCGGGGGCCGGCGGGGCCCCCCUGCCCUGCUCCGCCUGCACCGCUGCCCCCACCCGGGCUGCGGGAAGGUUUACUCCAAGAGCUCCCACCUGAAGGCUCAUUUCCGCCGGCACACGGGGGAGAAACCCUACAGCUGUGCCUGGCCCAACUGCGGCUGGAGGUUCUCCCGCUCGGAUGAGCUCUCCCGCCACAAGCGCUCCCACUCCGGCCUCAAGCCCUACCAGUGCUCGGCCUGUCAGAAGAAGUUUGCCCGCAGUGACCACCUGGGCAAGCACCUGAGGAUCCACCAGGGCCAGCCCUGCAGCCCAGGGACGCUCCCUGGGGACAGCACGUCCUGACUGCCAACACUGUGUGGGUUCUGUGGCCACCUGUCAGAGCUGGGCAGGUACCUGCUGCUCACUGGGCAGGUUUCUUUAUCUCUCCCACAGCCAACCCUCCCUCCAGGAGAUCUCUGCUGUCCAUGGGCCAUUAAUUAUUAAUUAUCUGCUGUCCAUGGCCACUGAGUGUCCCUGCAGGGCUGAUCAAACUCCACCAUCCCAUGGGAGAUGCUCUGCCCAGGGGAGGAGCCAAGCAUUCCUACCUGGAUCCAAUCUGCCCUGGGAACAGCCCAGCAGCCUUUGCCCACUGCAUUCCCAGAGGAGCAGCUUUCUCCUGCCCUGCAUUCCCAGAGGGAGAGCAGGCCCAUCUCCAGCAGCCCUGGAGCUGCAGAGGAAAACUCCCCCCUUGUGCAGGAUCCCUGCUCCAGCAGAACCACAGCUGGCACUGCAGGAGGGCUGAGCCCCCCUGGGAUGGGGCUGUGCCACCACCCUGAGCGCCCCUGGGAUGGGACUGUGCCACCACCCUGAGCCCCCCUGGGAUGGGACUGUGCCACCACCCUGAGCCUCCCUGGGAUGGGACUGUGCCACCACCCUGGGAUGGGACUGUGCCACCACCCUGGGAUGGGACUGUGCCACCACCCUGAGCCCCCCUGGGAUGGGACUGUGCCACCCUGGGAUGGGACUGUGCCACCACCCUGAGCCCCCCUGGGAUGGGACUGUGCCACCACCCUGGGAUGGGACUGUGCCACCACCCUGACACACAGGGCCAGGGCCUGCUCUGACCCUGGCAGGGUUCUUUUGUAUCACUGAAUUGUUUGUUUUAUUUUUAUUUUCUUCCCUAAUAAAGAACUGUUAUUCCUACUCCCAU